ACAAAAUAAUGUAUUUUAUUUUCUGCGCACUAGAUGAUUUCCCAUGCUGAUUAGAUUGUUGCGCAUAGCUCGUGUGAAUGGAUUUUAUUUUUUGAGCAAGCUUUUCUACAAAUUCGUUCUUUGAAAGUCGACCGGAGGUCUUCAAGCAGCUCACAAAUCGAAAUGGGUGUCCCAGCUGGUGAUGUUGAGAAGGGAAAGAAGAUCUUUGUGCAGCGCUGCGCGCAGUGCCACACCGUAGAGGCUGGCGGCAAGCACAAAACUGGACCCAACCUGCAUGGGCUCAUUGGAAGGAAAACUGGACAAGCUGCCGGAUUCUCUUAUACCGACGCCAACAAAGCCAAGGGAAUCACGUGGAACCCUGACACCCUCUUCGAAUACUUGGAGAACCCAAAGAAAUACAUCCCAGGCACAAAGAUGGUGUUCGCCGGCCUCAAGAAGCCUCAGGAGAGGGGAGACCUGAUCGCCUACCUUGUUGCAUCCACCAAGUAGACAACCAAAAAUCUACACAGUUGAUAGUUCUCAGCAGACUUUGGAUAAAAUAAACUUAAUGUUUUAACCAAAAAUGGAAAUUCCAAUCCUGUAGUUCAUUAUUAUUGGUUCUGACAGUGGAGUGGUUGAAAUGUAUUUCUGGAUCCAGCAACAGUUUUAAUUUGAUUGAAAAAUGCCACCUACCAUAGGUUCUUCAUUCUAUAAAUUGUGCUAUAGAACAGGCGUUUCUUUCCGUAAUAUAAAUAUGUACCUCUUGUGAAGCUGGACUUGUACAGGAUUAUUUAUUUUAUGUGUCUAUUAAUAUGAGUUAAGCUUAAACGGGUCACAACCUUCUAUUGAUGUUUGUGAUUUGCUGCAUGAGUUGCAAUCUUCCGAACGCUUGUUUGAGUAUAUUAAUUUAUACACGUCAUCCUCCAUACAGUUUUAACCUCCACUUUUUGUGUUCAGGAAACUAAUAAAUAAUGGAAGUUGUUGAUCAAAA